AUAUAAUCUGCUGAAUGAUGGCACCUAUUCGAGUGCGUAUUACCAGUAUGGUGCGAAGGCUAUGGCUGGAAUACUGUGAAGAGAACUCAAUCAGCACCAUUAAGCACCUAAUAAUGGAGCACCUAGGACCAAUAGAUCGUGGUUGGUGGAUCAUUUGGAUUUCAGCGGCGCUAAUUAUGAGUGUGCUUAGCGCGAUUGCUACCUAUUCGAAUUGGGUCGAUAAUCCAAUUUAUAUCAGUUACGAGCCUGGCCUGAAGCCAAUACAGGCUGUACCAUUCCCAGCAAUAACCAUUUGUGCUCUGGUUCAAAAUCGCCUAGAAUUAUUCAAUCUUACUCUCGCUGCAACCAGAAUCCAUCAGAAUAUAGACCUUGAGAAUUUGGAGUAUAGAAAUCUCAGAGCACUUACACAUGUCUGCCCAUUUGUGGCUAGUUGGAUAUCGUUUCACGAUAAGUUAUCGAUUCCAACCGUUGAAAUAUUGAGAAAUCUUUCGGUUGACCGAGAAACGCUCAUUAAUGGUUGUUAUUGGAAAACUAUAGACACUAAUUGUAGCAAAAUGUUUUUCAAAACAAUUACUGACAGUGGAGUUUGCUACACAUUUAAUGCAAUGGCAGCGAAAACUUUGUAUCGGUUAGAAAAUUUGAACCAAGAGUUCACCUAUUCUGAAACUACCAGAACGUCAACAGACUGGUUUCGAGAGUCCGGCGAUCGCAGUGAUUCAAAUUUCGAUGUAUAUCCUGAACGACCAUUGGGCUAUGGAAGGAAAUAUGGGCUGGAGGUUGGACUAGUAUCUAACUUGAAUGAUGAUGACUUGUUUUGUAAUGGCCCAAGAAAUGGAUAUAAAGUGCUCGUUCAUCCACCAGACGAAGCACCAACAUUGGAUCACUUCCAUUACCGUUUGGGCUUUCGAGAUACCAUGUUGCUAUUUGUUAAGCCGCAAAUCACGAAGACAUCACUAUCGCUUGAAUCACAGUCUAUCAUAGACCGACAAUGUUUUUUUGAGAAUGAACGAUAUCUACGGUUCUACAAAAUCUACAACCAACAUACCUAAUUGCAUCCAGGAGUGUUUAGUAAAUUUUACGAACAAUUUAUGUGGAUGUGUCAAAUUCUCUAUGCCGAGAAGUGCGGACAUGCGUGAAUGCGACGCUAGUGAAAUUGAUUGUUAUUCAGGAGCCUAUAUGGAAAUGUUUGCUCGGGAAGUCGGAGAAAAUAGAAAUCAUCCCUGCGGUUGUUUGCCCGCAUGCACGUCCCUGUCCUAUGAAGUCGAAAUUUCUAGUCAACCGUUAGAUCUGAAAGCUCACAUAGAUGCCUUGAACUUA